AUGCCUGGAUUCUUUUUCUCCCAUGACAACAUGACUGAAUUAAAUGGAAAAGAAGAUUGCAAGCUUGCAAAAGGCAAAGUCCAUAAAAAGAAGCAAAAGGCUUUUGGUGCAGAUCUCAAAAGUUAUUUGAAGUCCAUGGUGCCACAUAUUGAAUCUGGGAUCAAGACUGCCAGCUCUAGAAAUGUCGUGCUUUCUGCAGAGGAAGUUAUUCAGUGGUCACAGUCUUUGGAAAAGCUCUUGGCCAGCCAAAGUGGCCAAGGUGUCUUUCGGGAGUUCCUGAAGUCAGAGUUCAGCGAGGAAAACAUCGAGUUCUGGUUGGCUUGUGAGGAUUACAAGAAAACCAAAUCUGAUCACUUACAUGGCAAAGCAGAGAGGAUUUACGAGGAGUUUGUUCAGUCAGAUGCCGUUAAGCAGAUCAAUAUUGACUAUCAGAUGAGGGAAGCAACAGCCAAAAAGGCUCAAGACCCAACUCACACAAGUUUUGAUGAAGCCCAGAAAACAGUGUAUAUCCUUAUGGAAAGAGACUCAUAUCCCAGGUUUUUAAAAUCCAAAUCCUACCUGAACCUUUUGAACCAGCUGCAAACCAACACUUCAAAAUAA